AUGGCUGCUUUGCCUUUCUUCGCUUCGCUUCUGACGUGGCUCCUGGUGCUCAGAGCAUCGAGCUCUGUGAGCCCAUGCGACGAGAGAUAUGCCGACUGGCUCACUGAUAAAGAGCAGUUCGAGCGAAUGGAUGAACCUCGCUAUCUUCAGGGUCUGCACGUGCUGUGCCUCUGGCGCGAGAAGGAGGAUGGCCCAGUGUUCCUUGAAGCGCAGCUCAAUGGCAUCCGAGAGGAGAAGCCGUUUCUGUCCGAGCUCCCUCCAGACGUGGUCGAUGCUGACUGGGGAGCCUUCCGGAAGCACCUGCAAUAUCUGAUUCGCUUCACGAAGGCCACCAACGAGUGGGGGAACUUCCACCUGAAGCAGCCCUUCGGUCUCUUCGAGCCGGGCGGACGUCGACUAGCCUCGACCGCGGAAGUUCUGGAUGCCCAGCUGGUGCUCCUCUUCGAAGGCGGGCAAUGGUUUUGGCCUCCGGUGCGAGUCGGUUACGUGCGAGCGCUUCCCGGCACGACCUACGAGCUUUUGACGGUGUCCGUCCAGCCCGUGGUCUUCCUGGUGCGCGGCUUCCUGCGGGAGGAGGAAUGCCAGACCAUCAUUGCCAUGGGAGAGGCCAACAUGUCGGAGUCGCCCAUCGUGCCCAUGGACACGCACCACCGGGGCAAGGCCACCAAAGAGUUUCGGACCAGCACCCAAGCACGCUUGGAGAGCAGUGAAAGCCCGCUGCUCACCGAGUUGGACCAUCGCAUCAGCAACCUGACGCGUGUGCCAGUGCACCACAACGAGGAGGUCCAGAUCUUGAGAUACCGGCUGGGUGAGUUCUACGCCGCCCACACCGACAACUUCGACCCCCAGUACUAUCAGAACAGUGUCGAUUACAUCGACAAGGGGCACCGAAAUCGCCUGCUUACCGUCUUCUGGUACCUGACCAACGUCAGUCAGGGUGGGGAGACGCUCUUUCCGCGGGCACACGCUCUGCCACAGCCAGAGGACAUGCACAGCUGUGAGAAGGGCCUCAAAGUCCAGCCGGAGAUCGGCGCUGUGUUGCUUUGGUAUUCCCUUCGGCCCAACGGAAACUCCGAUCCGAAUAGCCUCCACGCCUCCUGUCCGGUGCAAGAGGGCAUGAAAUGGUCUGCCAAUUACUGGGUCUGGAACAAGCCGCGCGACGUUCAAGUCGCUCUGCCAGAUGCAGACUAUGAUGAUGAGUACGGUGGUGAGUCCUCCGUGGAGGAAGGAGACACUGUGCCUCAAAACAAUGUCAGCGCCACCUUUGAAAACCGGCACGAGCACUCCGUGUAUCUGUUCUGGAAGCCGCCAGAUCGAGAGCAGGAAGCGUUCAUGGGUGAGAUCCCAGCCCAGGGGUCGCUGAAGAUGCUCACAUUCCCCGGCCACAUUUGGCACUUCCGCAGCGGCGUGGACCAGUCCUCUACGCUGCUCUAUGUACAGGAGAUCUUCGAUGGACAGCCCGAGCAGGUCUUCUACCUGGCAGGCGAGGAUCCAGGAAAGACGCCAUCAGAGCUCUAG